AUGUUCGAAGGUGCCAUAGCGGCGUUCCUGAAUAGACUUUUGGGCAAAUAUGUCGAGGAUUUAGACACCGAACAGUUUAAUGUUGGUAUCUUUUCCGGUGAUACGUGUCUCAUCGAUCUUAAAUUAAAACCCGAGGCUUUGUAUCAGCUUGGUCUACCCAUCAGAGUAGAAGUAGGAUUAAUAGGAAAGAUAGUUUUAAAGAUACCAUGGUCCGGAUUAUUUUCUCAACCCAUUAUAGUUUGCAUAGAGGAUGUAUAUAUAGUAGCAGUACCUGCUGCUUAUGGCACUUAUAAUGCAGAAGUACAAAAGAAGUUGACGAGAGCGGAGAAGAAAAAGAUAUUGGAAGAUUUAAAAGAAGAUGACACGUAUAGAACAGAAUUAUUCGAUAAUCUAUUGGCAUCUGUGACAAAGAAUUUUCAGAUAUCUAUAAAUAAUGUACAUAUUAGGUACGAAGAGAAGUUAAAUGAAUCUUUAUGCGCUUGUGGCAUCUGCAUACAAAGUAUAUCUGUGAUGACCACGAACAGUAAAUGGAAACCUGGUGUCUGUGCAAGUAACACGAGCACGAUUUACCAAUUAGUACGGGCAGAAUCUCUGAGUAUAUAUAUGGAUCAUGACACAGAAUCUUCUCUUCCAUACAAUAAUCACGAGUGGGACAUAUCUAGUUUUUUAGAAUGGAAGGAUAUAAUGCACAGAUCUCUGCAAACUUUUGGCAUGAAGAACAAGGAAUUUCAAUUUCUUCUAAAGCCUUUCACGGCAAAGAUAAAAAUAAUCAUACAUAAAGGAAACGAGGCGCAGAUGUCUCGUAUGUUGGUCGACAUUGUUCUUCACGAUGUAGCGAUGCAAGUUUCCGAAACGCAAUACAUUACGUUUUGCCGCCUCUAUGAUUCAUUAUUACGUGCAAUUAUUAAUAGACCCUAUGUUAAAUAUCGCCCGAACGAAACUGUGAAGAAAUGCCCAUCGGCUUGGUGGAAGUAUGUCUAUAAUGCAGUUUUAGAGUAUAACAUAAAACCCUACACUUGGGCAAGAGUGAUCGAACACAGAAAGAAUUAUAGGAAGUACAAGGAGACAUGUCUGCAGAGUUUGCUUCGGCCGAAUGACACGGAAUUGAAGCUAGAUUUACAAAAAUACGAAGAUUGUUUAACAAUAUUGAAUAUAGUGAUUGCCCGAGAACAUGCUAGACAGGAAUUGAAAAAUAAAACCAUAGAAGAAGAAUGCCAAAAUGUGAAUGCUGGUAUUUCUAUGCAAAAGAUCGCGGAAAAUACAUCUUUAACUGGAGAAGAACAACAUACAAAUAUUGAGAAUGACAAGACACAAAAAGUUCGAAAGUUGUCUCAUCAAAGUAUUAAUAGCGCAUCAGGAAGGAAGAUAAAAUUGGAAAAAUUACCGCAACCGAUCGAUUAUAAAUUCAAUUUCACCCUAGCCAAUUCUUGUUUAAGUCUUCUAAAUAAUGACAAAGAAAUUCUCGUUAUAACUAUAACUCAAUUUCUGACAAGCAUUGAAAUACAGUCUGUACUCUCUGCUUUUAAAGUAUCUGCUCGAGCUGAGAGUUUCGUAGUCGAGGGUGUUUCCUUGGAAGGUGAUCUAGUACCUUUAAUCACAGUGGAUAAUGUUUUAACAGGAAAUGUAUCGACCAAUUUCUUGGCAGUGGACUUUGAGAGAAAUGGAGAAAAUGUGGAUCCGACUUUUGAUGUGUCCAUAACACUGGAAUCGAUCGAAGUGACUUAUUAUCAUCAUGCCACGAUGGAGAUAAUUCAGUUCUUUAAAUUGAACGAUGCGAAUAUUCAAACCACAGUUCUGUGGGCUUACAAAUUGUACGAAUACAUAAAAGGAAACUUCUUGGUUCUGGUUGACAAUAUCGUUUCUCAGACGCUUCGGAUUAGUUUCAAGAUAGAUAUCAAAGGGCCGUACAUUAUAUUUCCUGAACAUGGAUCGAUACAGAAAGGCGGGCAUAUACUUGUCAUGGAUUUUGGUGAUGUGAGUGUGUCUAACGAACUUCAAGCGACGAACUUACAACUUGAAGACGCGACGCUCAUGGAAUUAGAAGAAUUACUGUAUGAUAGAAUACACCUUGAAUUUUCUGGGGCACAAGUUUUAUUUUGUCAUUCGGGAGAUGAUUGGAGAUCUGCUAGGAAAAGAAAAGAUUCCGAAUUUCAUUUUAUACCAAAGAUACAGGCAAACACAACUAUAUCAUACAACAUAAGACCGGAAUACCAUCAGUUGCCAAGGACCAAAGUGAACGUUUCAAUUUCGAGUAUAAAGUUCAAUUUAUCAGAAAAUAAGAUACAGAUGAUCGUUCAUUUCCUGAAUGUAUUAUUGUUGACGUAUCAAAAGAAUGUUGAAAAAUAUGACAAUGAUUUGAAACUACACGAUUCUAAGAAAAGUUGGAACAAGACCAUCGUAACGAUGAAAGAACUGAAAACUGUGCAGCGCAGUGUAUGUCUGUUAUCGGUCAUAACGUUGCAGAAUAAAUUUACGCACGUUACGAAGGAACUUUUGACGAACAAUGUGCAGAAACAAAAACUCGAUAGGAGCGUUGUGUCUUCCGAGGUCAGUGAAGAAGAUUUGGAAUUACUCUCGAAGACUAUCAAUUUGUCUGGAUUCGACGAUAACAUUUCCCCAUGUAACCAUAUCAAUCUGUUAUUAAGAUUUGCUAUUGGAGAGUUAUCAGUCCACUUGAUAACGAUAAAUCACGGAAGGGAAGAGCCUUAUUUAAACUUACGGUUGCACGCAUUGUAUCUUGAAACUGCGUUAAUGCAGUAUGGGCCUGCUAUACAAUUUGGCGUGGGGUCUGUUCUUUUGGUGGACAAAACAAACGCCGGUGUAACGGGAUCAUAUUUGGAAUUAAUAUCUACCGAGGAACCCCAUGAAGUUUUUGUUGUAUCAUACCGUAAGGUGAAAUCGACUUGUCCCGAUUUUAAAUCCCAUUUUAAAAGCAUCGAGCGAUCCCUCAUCAUGAACAUACUGAACGUCAAUGUAAAUCUUCACAGACCCGCUCUGUUGAAAAUAAAAGAAUAUUGGUACAAUUUGGCCAACACUCUCGAAGACAAUGAUAUCAUUGGUUUCGCUGGGAAGUUAUUCCAUAGCAUCGUGCAGUGGAAAGCAAAAGAGGACGAUCCACCCAUUCCUCCUGGUGCAAUUAAACUGAAUUAUUCUGCAAGGCUUAACGCGCUCGUUCUAAAAUUUUGCGACAAAGACCUGGAUUUGUUGGAAAUUCAAAUCUUGGGGCUGGAGAACGAUUGCAUUUACAAUGCUAACGAAAGAAUGGUUUUGCGUGCGCAUCUUAGACAUUUGUCCGUGGAAGAUUUGAACGAGGAGACUCUUUAUUCGAAACUGUUGACUACGGACGAGGAUAAAGUUCUUGAUCUAAAGUACGUAAGGCAUAUGCCAAGACUGUAUACGUGUUCUGACAUCGACACGAGUCAGGACGAUGUAAUGUCGGAUGGAACAUUCAAGCUUUCUAUCGGGAGAAUCAAUUGCGUACUUAUUUCUAAAAUACUGCACGAUUUAAAGCAUUUCUUAACACCGUUCACUUCAACGUAUUGUUUGUGGUUAAAAAAUUAUGUAAUCAACAAGCUGAUAAGUGGUAUCAAGCAGUUUAAAAGAAGCGCGACAAAGCUACAUAUUUUUAUUGACAUUCAAGGCCCGAUACUUCUUCUGCCUCAGUGGAAGGAUGUUUCGAGCAGUCUCCUAGUAUUAAACACAGGUGUACUGUCGGUUGAAAAUUUUUUCAAAAAGAUCGAUCAAUCCGUUCAAAAUAUCAAAACACCUAAUAACGACACGUAUCAAUUGAUAAUUGAUAAUAUUUUGGUGAAAUUGAAGAACAUGACUAUAUCUAGAGCGAUUAUGACAUUGAGCCGCGACCUGAUAAUUCAAGAACCCAUGGUCGAGCCCGUGCAUAUUCACUUUGAUAUCAAGAGAAAAACCGAGUAUCGUCGCGCGAUGGAAUUUCAAAUAUAUGGUUUAUUCAAUAUACAAGGCUCCAUAGACACGAUAUACAUUAAUCUAAGCCAGAGAGAUUUGAAAUCUAUUAUAUUAGUGUGGAAAGAUAACAUUUCAAAAAUUAUACCGUUUGAAGAUUCAUAUGAAAAUGAGCCGCAUUCUACCAUGGCUAGUCAAUCCAAGAAAUCUGAUCAAGAAGACGAGAUGGUGAAAAAAUUGGAAGAUUUUCUCACUCAUAAUGAGAAUUCUGUCUGCGAAAUUAAUUCGAAGCUAACUAUGGAUGGAUUUCAACUGAACUUGUUUUUAGAUCCAGAAGAGGUACUGAGUUCUCCGGUUCGUGACUUGAAUCGUGGUUUAUGCAGGCUAAUAUUUGGAGAGAUGAUCGUUACGUACGCGUUCUACAGUGAUAAGAGUUUGAAGAUGAAACUGUCUCUUCAAAGCUGCAUGUUGCAAGACACCCGGAAAGAUUCCCAUGUCAUGAGAACGAUAAUUCAGUCGCCUGCGAAACUAAUAGGGGUACAUCCUGAAUCCUGUAUAUCCGUAUCGAUGUCGCCUAUCGUUGACAUCGCGUACACUUGUGCCCCGGCUGGAGAGAAAUGUUUGGACGCAUUGAUUCAAGAAUUUCGAAUAAAUCUGUCCGUGCCAUUCGUAAUGCAUUUAAUACGAUACAUCACGGACUCUUUUCCAAGCGAACAGGUCGAUGAAGGAAUCAUCAAUCAUGGCUACGAAAGCAACAAUCAAACAGUAAGCAGGGACAUUACCAGUGCAGAAAAAGAUAAAUUAAAAUACGCACAAUAUUUUAAGGAGGAACCAGAUGCCUCUGUAUCCGUGAGGAUACACAAACCAGAGAUUUUAUUCUUCGGAGAUCUGAAAGCAAGCAACGCACAUGUGAUUUUAUUGCAAGCGGAGGUGACGAUCGAAAGCAGCAGGCACAGCUGUUCGUCGUCGAUUGUCUGCACUUUUACCGACGUACGUGCUAAAUCAAAAAGACAGGGGAAUUAUUCGAAACAUACUUCGUAUUGGUUGCUAAGUCCUUGCGACAUAGAAAUUUGCAGAAAAGAAGAAGCGCCUGAAUGUAACGUCCAAUACAUCGUCGCUGUGAACACUAUCAAUGUUCACCUAACCGCAGACAUCGUACGCACAUUUAUCGAUAUACUGAACGAAAUUACAAGUUUUGGUGGUAAUCUAAAAAUAGAAGAAAAAUUUCAAAGUCAAGACGCAAACAUUCACACUAACUUGUGGACGCCAAAGAAAAUAUCAAAUGUGCCGUAUAAGAAGCUUGCCGAUGAUGAUUCGAAUCUAGUAUGCGAAUACAGCGAGCAAGUGGUGACUUUUACUUUAAAACCGCUGGUAGUUCGGUUGUUAUUAGAGAUCGAAUACUCGACGGAAAGGCUUCCUGUUAUAAAAAUAGAGAGUAUAGUCACAGCCUCGGUAAACGAUUGGUUUAAUGAUUUCAAUUUUGAAUCCAGUAUAAAAUUGAAUGCAUUCUGUUACAAUGCUGAUUACAAAAGCUGGGAACCUUUGAUCGAUUUGUGUUCGGAGGAUGAUAGUAACUACAGAUCGUGGGAAUUAAUGUUGAAAAUGCGUCACGGUGAAGCUUUUAUGAUAAAUUCUAGUUGGACCGAUCCAUAUCAGCAGAUAAAACUGGAUGCAUCGAAUACCAAGAAGAGAAGUCUUAGAAGCACCGAUCAAGACGUUACUGACAUGGUUUUUAUAACUCCGGAUCAUGCAGCUGUACCAAAGCCAAACGAGACAGAAUUAUAUUCGACGUACGAGGAAGAUUCUGACACGGAUGAUGAUGAAAGGCAGAGAAAAUUAACGAGAACGUCUAAUUAUUUAUUUAACAAUAAUAGUAGCGAAGAAGAAGAUUCUGAAAGCGAUGAUUCUAGCACGAACGAAGACGAAGGACUUGAAUUAACACCGGAAUGCAACGUAGAUUCUUUUGGUCCCCUUGGCCGGGAAUCGAUCAAAUCAAACGAUUUGGCAGUUUACAUCACCGUGUCCGCGGAAGAGAAACUCAACGUUAUCAUUACUCCGAAUUUAAUCGCUGUAACGGAUAUUCUUCUGAACGCAUUUCAGCAAGCUACCAGCGGAAUACCAAUUAUACUUACUAGUAUACAAAAAUUGAAUCUACAAAAUUAUAUUGGCCACGAAAGUCGCAUAGAGCUUCUCGCUGCGGAAGACGAAGAUAGCAAAAAUGCUACUCGCGUUAUAGCGAGUCAAGAGUUUCAUGAUACCGAUUCACCGCCUAGUAUUCCGAGUAGUCCGGAACCAGAGGCCCAAUCGGCCCCCGGUAGCCCCCAGUGGAGUGAAAACGAAAUGGAUUUUAUAGAUCCAGACGUAAAUUUACAGAAUUGUUCGAUGCCAAUCGGGGAAAUGUUUCAAGAUGAUUCAUCGAUCAGAAUAUAUAAGACAAUCACCGGAGAAGUAUUACGUAUUGUUUUCCAAGGGUUUGACGAUGUAUUAGUAUACUGUCCUAAAAGAAAAGGUUGCAAUCUAAUUCCGCUUCGACCUAUCAGGCACGAGAUUCGCUAUCACUUAGUUAUAGAAGCUACGAUUGAUAAUUAUUUGCAUCGUACGAUUACUGUGCGAUCCCCUUUACAGUUUCGAAACGAAACUUCUUAUGCUCUGGGUCUUUAUUAUAAGAAAUCAUUGUUGGAUAAGCUGGGACUCACGUGUAUCGGGAAGUUUACAAAUCCCUUUGACGACAACAUUCGAAUGACAAUCAUUGAACCUGACUCUACUUACAGUAUUCCUUUAUACAUAGCCUAUCACUUCCCUAUACAUAUACUGCCUGCUUAUUUAGAAAAGUACCAAGUCAGCGAAGAAGGGAUUUUUUGGAAAGAAUUAAGCGCAACGAUGAAUCUAGCUAAGGAUAUCUGUUGCAAAAUGAAAGAAGAUGAAAGUAAUUCUGUGUUCUGUGUAAAAGUCUCUUGCAACGAAAUUCCAUUGGCCGUAAGACCAAGUUGUCAAGUACCGAACUACUUGAUAAGCAUUUACUCGCCUCUUAUUUUCAACAAUCAGCUACCAUUCGUUAUUGAUGUUAACAUACCUAUUAUUAACUACGAAUUGAAAAUUGAGCCAGGGGAGAAGAUUAAUAUGCAUUCAUUGAACUGUAACAACGAUAUUCAAUUUGUCUUUAAGAUUCCAAAUUAUUUGGGCGCGUACUGGACUGGUACAUCAAAACUGAACACGAACUUGGAAAGGAAAUUCAUUUUAAUGACUGCGGACAGCGAGUCAGAUUUAACAAAGCCGUUCCUAUUAUGUAUAGAACUGUGUAAAAUUACAAGUUGGCACAUCGUUAUUCAGUCUCAGUAUUGGAUGAUAAAUAAAUCUGGACUGCCUUUGUUCAUUCAGGAGUGUCAUUCUCAUGCAAUCAAUGAGUUACCGGAAGAAGAACUAAUAGUAUUCUCUCAGAAAAAUAACAAAAAGGGCACGGUUCGAUUAAGAGCUCAUCAAUCCGAAUGGUCUUUGCCAUUUGGGCUGGAAGGGAUCACUUCGAUGUCUUUGAUCGUGUGCAAAGACACAGAACGCGGACGGAAAUACCAAAUUUUAACAGAAAUCGAAAGUUCCCGUCUUUCGCCCAAUUUCACCAAGAUCAUAACGUUCCUACCUUAUUUCUACAUCAGUAAUAAACUGAAAAGAACUUUGAGGUUCAUGGAAGAAAACGAUCAAGCGGACUUGUGGAACGACCUUCUAUCUGGACAGAGCAUGCCGUUUUGGCCAGUCACGGAAUCAAUGAGAAUGCGAAUAAAAUGGAGGAACAGUCAACUGGUGUCUCAACACUUCAACAUUACUCAUUCGGGGAAAACAAUAUUGAGAAUGGAUAACGGCUCGGCAGUCAGGGUAGAAAUCGAAGGUGGCAUCAAUUCCCCGUUUUAUGUUACGUUCCAAAAGUGUAUGCCUGGCGAUAUACCCGUAAGAAUAGAUAAUUUUUGUGACGAUCUAUUUUUAAAGAUCAGUCAACACAAUUUAGGACAAGUAGCCCUUAUUAAUCCCUUUCAAAGUCUGUUGUACACUUGGGACGAUCCUACGAAGCCCAGGGAGCUUAUUUGGAAUGUAUAUAACAAUAAAAAAACUGGAUACAGCGCAAAAUUCGAGAAGGACGGAUACGGACAAGAGGUUGUACCCCUUGUGAUCGUCGAUAAAUGUAACGGCGUACAAACUUCCACAUCUUCCGUUAAACAGCUAAACAAUAAAUCAGCAUGGCUAGAAACGAAAUCUGGAAGUUUUAGCAGCAGCGAAAGCAAUACGUGCGACGACGAUGUAAAAUCGUCCAUGUUAAAACAGAAACAAUCGGACGUAACGAUAAUUUAUUGGGUGAGCUACAUGGAAAGUAACCAGCGAGUCUUACUGUUCACGCAGCAUGAGACGGUAUUUCUAAAAGCAAAAAAUAUCAUCGAUCCUGAAUCCAGUAAAAAGGAGAUAUUCCUUUCUUUUGCUGGUAUCGGCAUUAGCAUCGUGACAAAAUCCAAUGAAAUUCUAAAGGAAUUAGUGUACGCGAAUAUAACGAACUCUGCGGCUCACUGGGAACUUUACUUUGGUAGAAAAUGGAAAAGUUUGUCCUUGGAACUGAGUGCUUGGAUCGAAAGCAAAUAUGUAAAUUUUUGUAAAAAGGCGCAGUUAGAUAAUUUAAUUGAUAUCGACCUUGUAAAAAUGCACAUGACCAAACCGUUCUUUGGAAAGCUAAGAAGAACCUAUUCUCCAGGAAUUUGGUUACACUGCAGAAAAUCUCUAUCGCUGACCUAUUUGCAAGGCUAUGUGCAUAGAAUACAGGUGGACAAUCAAAUUCGCAACACUAUGUUUCCAGUUGUCUUGUACUCAAAUUUGCAGAAAAGUGUUAUCAAUUACGCGGGGAGUCAUAAAUUGAAGCAUUGUAUAGAAUUUGCGUGCUUGAAACAGAAGAAGUGGAAUUAUAAUGUUUACAAAGGCAUUUGUGUUAUAAUCAGAGAAUUUGACUUGAAUCUACAGGAAGGUUUCCUUCUGUCUUUGAUCAACUUGAUCCCAAGGAAACCAGAAACUAAAUAUUCUAUUGCCGCAAAAUUGAGAAAGGAUGUUUCGAGCGUUCAUAUUUUGCCUUCCAACAAAAGUAAUUAUAAUUCAACUGUUAAGAGGAAGAAUGUGAUAGAAGAUAUGUAUAUUUCUCCAAUCUUAAUACGCUUAAUAUUGUUGGCUGAUACAGAGAGACCUAAUAUUUAUAAUAUCAGUGAUAUCGCAGAUUACAAGAAUAUCGUAAAAUUUAUUUUUGAGUACUCUGAAAAGGGAGGAUCUGAGAAGCAUGCUGAAUUCAGGCUCCCUUGUUAUCAAAGAAGUUUUAUCACUGUUGACAAUACGGAACUUCUGUUGGAUCUUUCGCGAUCUUACGAGGCUCAAAUUAUUCAGCAAUUUCAGGUUUUAAUUCGCUCGACCACCGUCUUGGGGAACCAAUACGGUUAUAAUUUUAAAUCGCCCGGAGACAACUUUUACGAGUCUAACACUUUGAUCUUGUGCGGAGAUGAAAUAGCGGAGAAACUGAGCCACGAGGUGGCAUGUCAAUUGGGGUACGCUACCGCGGAUACUAUACAAAAUUCGAUAUUUAAUUUUGAUUUCGAACUACGUACAAUUCCAUCUAAGGUAAAAGAGCCAUGCUUUCAAAAUAAGGAUGUACCUCCUUCGAAUCCUUUGAUUCGUACCUCGUUUUCUACAGAAAUCGAACUAGAAACAUGCAGCUUGGUAACUGCAUUUAUAAAUAGUAUCCAUCAAGAAGAGUUGAAGUAUUUCUUCAAAACAUUGGGAAAGAAGACAUCAAUAUUUUUUAAUAAUGAGAGUUCGUUACUGAAAGAUUCGAAAAUGAUACCAGAUAUCAUAAAAAGGGCACAAGAAAUAGGUUAUAAGUUUAUAUCCCGGAUACGCUUACCACGCUAUAUCAAUCCAUACAAGGGAAUUGAGAUAUUCUCGGCGCAUAAAGCAAAAGGAAUGCACUUCCUAAGUAUAAUAAACAAGAAUCCCUGUGUCGAAAUGGAUACAUAUUGGGCGCAUGCUGCUCUUUCUAACGAUGGAAAACAUAUAGCUCUUGUGUCCUUAGAACGAUUGUAUUUCAUUGAAAAAGGAUGUACAUGGGGAUCUUUAAAUGUAAAGUGGACUUUAGAAACUCAUCAGUUGCUGUCACCCUCGACCGUAGUUAACAAUAAACUUAUUCUACAUGUGAACAAGAAUGGAGGUGACGCUUUGUCGCCCGUUGCAGACUGGUAUUUGGAAAGCGAAGCGACGGAUAUUCUGGAGUGGCUAUGCCAGAAAAUAAAUAUAGCCAUGAUCCUGAAUAUGGAGAACAGUAUAUGUUCAAAGCAAGUUGUAUAAUUGGAAUCCAAACUAUAAAAGAAAAAAAAAAGAUCAUUGUAUAUUUAAUCAGGCACAAUAAAUUUCUCUG